GAAGUAGGUCCAAAGAGUGGUAACUUGUAGACGAAAAUACCAAUUGUGAUAAAUAUACAUAUAUAUAUAUAUAUAUUUAUAUAGUCACUUUAUACUUUACACACAUAGUGUAUUUUGCUUUACCACAUCAACGACAAUAUUUCAGCUGAAGCUUACGUUUGCCAAUAGUAUUAGGCUGUUUUAAUUUCGUCCUACAUUUUUCACGUCUCCAGAACCGUUCUUUUUAUCAUCGCCCCUUUUUACAAUACAGAAGUUUCUAAACUUUUUCAAGGGACAAUCCCAAGUUUGGCUAUCAGCCCUUAUCCUUUUUAUUCCCUAGUCAAAAGUUUGAAAACACGAUCCCCCCCCCCCCCCCCACCACCACACACACAAAAAAAAAAGAAAAAAAAGUAAACACACGACCCCAUUGCAAACGCAUGACCUACUUUGCCAAAACCACCGAAAGCGCGGAGCCCGGGGUAAAGUCGGGAGGGAGUCUAGGGAGCCACUCUGGCGAGUUGGGGUGGUUAAACAAAAAACUCGCCCUCCCUCGGGCGCUGCCGAGGCCAGUGUCGAACCCCCGCGGGGGCCUCAAAUCCGGCGGCCCCGCCACGCCCUACACCUACCGCUUUGUGAAGGUAGUCGGGAGCGGCAGUUUUGGCGUCGUCGUGCAGGCGAAAAUCGAGGAAACGGGCGAGGACGUCGCCAUUAAGCAGGUCCGCUACGACAGCCGCCUGCACAACCGCGAGUUGUACAUUAUGCGGGAUGUCAUCCAAGCCGGGGGGGAGGGCGGGGCCGGGGGGUCAACGCCCCUCUCGGCCGCUCCCAACCCCCAGGGGCGAUCGCCUUCGCAGAGUUUGGAGCUUCUCCCCAACGCAAGCUCGCCGUUGUCCGUGACGACGCCGAUGUCGGGAUCGUUUUUUCUGCUUCGGCGCCACCCCAACAUCGUUCAGCUCCGCACCUACUACCACUCCACGGACCCCGAAACGAACGAGCCGUACGUGAAUUUGGUCAUGAACUACCUCCCCACCGACUUCUUCGCGAUGAAGGAGAAAUACUUCAAAUGUCUGCGGGAAAGCGCGGGGGCCAAAAAAGGCGGCGGCGCCCCGCGAAAAAAAGAUCUCGCCAUUUCAAAUCCCACACCAACUGGAACCGUCGAGCCAGGGGAAGGGGACUCGAAUUCCACUGGGGGGAAUAGCAAUAGUGGGAAUGGUAAUAAUCAUAGCAAUAGUACGCUUUUCCCGUUGAUGUGGACGAAACUCAUCCUUUUUCAACUCGGCCGCGCCCUGGCUUUUCUCCACGGCAAGCAUGUCUGCCAUCGGGAUAUCAAACCUGCGAAUAUUCUGAUCGAUCCAGAAACGGGGCGGCUUCAGCUUUGUGAUUUUGGAAGUGCGAAGCGGAUGUCCCCUAAAAAUAUGGAAAAGAAUGUUUCCUACAUCUGCUCGCGGUAUUACCGCGCGCCGGAGCUGCUUUUUGGGGUAAUGCACUACGGCUGUGAGGUGGAUAUGUGGUCGGUAGGCUGCAUCGCCGCGGAGCUCCUGCGGGAGGGGGGGCAUCCCAUUUUUAAGGGCAUCACUACCGUGGAUCAGAUGGCGGAGAUCUUUAAAGUCCUCGGGGCCCCUUCCAUCAGUGAGAUGUACGCGAUGAAUGCGCAAAGCGCCGCGGCGAUGCUGCAAACUCACCGCCAAUACGGCGGCAAAGGCUUCCCCCCGCCAACGAUGCCGGGUGGGGGGGGCUCCUCGACCGCGGCGGCGACGAGUAUCCCACUCCCGCCCGCCUCCUCGCGGGGGAUCCCGAGCGAGGACGAGCGAAACCCCCGCGAGGACCGCGGCGAUCUUUUUUCCACAGCCCCCUGCCUCGGCAGCGAUUACUUCGAGCAUUACGACGUCCUCAAGGUCAAGGCCCUCGCGUGGACGCACGUCCUACACCGCGAGGCCCCUCCGGAGGCGGUCAAACUCGUCUCCGAGCUCCUCCACUACGUCCCGAGCAAACGCCUGACGGCGGUGGAGUUCGUCGAGCAUGCCCUUUUCGACAAUUUAUUUAGCCAUGAUCUCCCCCAUUACCCUAACGACAAGGGUGAAUCGCUGCGGGAAGGUGGCGGGGGGACGAGCCCGCCCUGGCGCCUUCCACGGAUGGAAAACGGCAAAACCCUCCCGAUUGAGAUGUUUAUGCUCACGGAGACCGAAACGCAGCUUUAUUCGGAGGAAUUUCAGCGAAAGAUGAAUCGUGAGGUCCAGCGAAUUCACGCCGCCAUGCAGGCCACCGGGACGGCGUCCUUUGCUGGUUCUCGUUAG